GAAUGUGCUUUAGAGCUUUUUCAAGAAGAACGGGAGUUCAUAAACGUGGAAAGAAGGAUAACAUUUGGAAAGUCACUACUUUGUAACUCCUAGUGAAGUAACAGAUCCAGGUCAUGCACAGGAUGCUGCAGCAAUGGGCUGGGAGACCCCCCGGAACCUGGCAACGGAAGAACUGGCCGAGAGCAGCUGCAUUCAUUAGCUGAUUGUGACGUCAAGAUGAGGGGGACAGCAGACAUCAGGCCCCUGGGAGUGAUGCAACAGGAAGCCAGUUUAGAGGAGAAACACUGAUAAAGGAGCAUGUUCAAUGCCACGCAAGGAAUCCCGGCCAGCUCCAGUGCAUGGAAAAUUCCGUCAGAUAAACAACCCAGUUUCUCCAGUAAACAACAUGGGGGUGCGGGGCGCGAAUGGAUUUUGAGCUGUUCUAGAGCAAAAGGAGCCAAAAGCAAGUACAUCCUGAUUUGAACUAACCAACCGUAAAAAAGGCAUUUCGGAGACGACAAGAGAAAGCUAAACGUAGGCUGGCAAGAAAAAAAAAAAAAAGAGGCUUGGGAAAUUGAGGAAGGGAAGUGGCGCCAGCUCCCACUGCUCUGUGAGAGGUGAUUGUGAAGCAUUCAGGAAUUUUGUAAGCCGCUUGUCAAACCUUGCUUGAACUGAAACUGGCCACGGUAAGAAAAUCUACACCACAAAAAUCAGCAAAUGCUCCCAGCCCGGUGCUUUGAGAGCUGGUUUAUCAGCACACCCCAGGACAGGGAUGAGCUGAAUGUGGCAGCCACUGACAGCAUCACUCCAGCCUCCCUGCGUUGUGUUUGAUGGACAUUUUCCACAAGAAGGAGUUUGCGAAGGGCAUGUCCCUAGGCCUGGAAAUCCCACUUCUAAGAAUGUAUCCUGAAAGCCACUGAAGCAGGUUCAGGCUGUUGAUGGAGAAGGGGGCGGAUGACAGCCGGGACCGUGGUCAUCACCGGGGGCAUCUUGGCGACUGUGAUUCUGCUCUGCAUCAUCGCUGUUCUGUGCUACUGCCGGCUCCAGUACUACUGCUGCAAGAAGGAGGAGUCGGAGGAGGACGAGGAGGAGCCAGACUUCGCCGUUCACUCGCACCUGCCCCCGCUGCACUCCAACCGCAACCUGGUGCUGACCAACGGGCCGGCGCUCUACCCCACCGCCUCCACCUCCUUCAGCCAGAAGUCCCCGCAGGCCCGCGCCCUCUGCCGCAGCUGCUCCCACUGCGAGCCCCCCACCUUCUUCCUGCAGGAGCCGCCAGAGGAGGAAGAGGACGUGCUGAACGGCGGGGAGCGCGUGCUCUACAAGAGCGUGAGCCAGGAGGACGUGGAGCUGCCCCCGGGGGGCUUCGGGGUCCUGCAGGCACUCAACCCCAACCGCCUCUCAGCCAUGCGGGAGGCCUUCGCCAGGAGCCGCAGCAUCAGCACCGAUGUGUGACCUGGGCCCGCCCCCAGGGUCGUGGCCUUGAAGGUCCUGAGACAAUGGGGGGAUUCCUGUGGCACACCCACCUGGCCCCAGGCCCCAAGUGGGGCUUGGCUGAGCCUUCCUGGAAUCCCUGUCCUCUGGGCAGGCCCAGGCUUGGGGAGCCCCCAGGCUUGUGGCAGGGAUAAGGCUCGUUGAACACAAAUGUGUCCGGUGGGGAGGCACAGCUGGGGCCUGGGACUAGAAGGACCAGGUGACCAUACAGCCGGCUGGGCGUGCACCAGGGCUCUCAGGCACAGAGGCCACCGUUACUCCUGAUGAUUCUGUCUCAGACCCAACAACUUGGCCUUCCCAGGAGGUCUCCAUGUGUCACCCACUCCCUGGGUCUCACCCUUCUCACCUGCUCAAGGAAGGAAUGACCUCAGUGAGGCCCAGGGCCCUGCAGCAAGGCCCUCCCUGGCAAUUGCAGACCAAGGAUUCUGCUCCUCCACCCUGAACUCCAGCCUCUCUUCCUCUAUUUUUCCCUCUCUCUCCCCUACCCGUCUCUCCCUCUCUCUCACACACACACUCUCCCGGGUUCAAGUGCCAAGCGUCUGCCUAGGCUGAGACAUGUUGUGCUGACCUCCCUGAAGAUGGACAGGCUGCCCCCUAGAAGGGAGACUUUCAGGGGCAGCAGAGCCCUUGGGAUGCUCAGCCCCAACUGGCUUUUUGGUGGCAGAGGGAGGCAUGGGGAGAGGGAGAGGCCAUGUCCCAGUCCACCUGCCGUGGGAGAGGCAACGCGGAAAUGUAUACACCCAGUGCUCAGCCAGAAACAGGUCCAGCAAGCGGCAGUGCACGGAGGCAGCCCGGGGCUCGUCAGGGUGGGCAGAGCCAUGGCCCAGGGCUUGAAACCCCCUGAGUUCCCCGUGAGACUUGGCUGGCCCUUCCCACCCCUGGGCCUCAGUCUCCCCAUCUUGUGUGAUGAGGAGAGACCCUGAGGACAGAGGUCUUCAGGCUCUUGGUCUCAACAGGAACUGAGAUCCUCAAGGGAGACAGAGCUGCGGGUCACCUCCCCUACCUGCUUCUCAGCAGGACCUAGGAGGCCUGGCCCAGCUCCUGGUGGACCCCAAGCAGCCAGAGCCUACUGCUGCAAUCUGAAGACCUCAUCUGAGCCCACUCUCCACCAAGCACCCACCCAGGCUGAGGUCUCCUGGGAAUUCUCACCCGCUCUCCUGCUGCUAAGGAAAUGACGUCAAUGGCUACCCCAGAGAAAUGCCCCAAAUCCCAGGACACCAGCCAUCAGGAAGUCAGCUCUUCCUCACCCAGAAAGAGGCAAUUAUUUCCUCUCAGCAACCUGGCCCCAGGAGCCCCUUCCCUCUCUGGGGCUCUGCCUCUCCUUCUGGGCCCUGCCAUGGAGCCCCAGGGCCGGGGCAGCCCCUCUCUGCCCAGGGAAGGCACCGUCCUCAAAGACAAGGCUUUGCCAGGCAGUGGCCUUCCCUGAGCUGAGGGGUGGCCUGAGCAGGAUACUUCUUGCCCUUACUCAAAAACGAAAUCGCCAGUUUCCAGAGGCGUCGGAACGGCUGGCGAAGACACAAUCGUUAUGUUCUCAGUUGUUUUCCUCCUCUUACUUUCUCCCCUGCCUGGUUUGGACAGGCCAGUGGCAUUCGCCUUUGAGGUCCCUCACAGCCCCGGCCCCCGGGGCCCGCCCACACCUCUGGCUUCCUCUGUGCAUCCUGUGAAGUCUGUUUCUGAUGCAUCGGCGUGGGGGGUGGGCUGGGUGGGGUGGGGAUGAGGGCCCGGAGCUGGCCCGUGCUGUGGCUGUUCUGAUUCCAUUUCCCAAUUCCUUUCUGGUCUCCAUCCUCUCUGUAGAUAUGUAGAUCUCUUUGAAACAAAGUAAGCACCCAUCCCUCCCAGCUCACUCGGCUCCACCGUGGGGACCUGCUGGGGGAGCCGCUGGCUCCCUGAGGAAAGUGAAAGCCAAUAAAACAUCUCCCACACUCUC